GUUCUUUUUCUUUCACGACAACCCUCAAGACUACAGAAACGACGGAAACUACGCUAUGGCUAUGGAGCGAAUGCGAGAGAAAGUCAAGGAAAUCGACACUCUGGUGCCCUUAGGCCGGAACAACAAACCGCCUGUACCGACAACCACCACUAGCAUCAAUAGAAUAUUUGACGAACCAACGCCUCCGCGGAACUUGGACAAAUAUCGCACUACGAUCGUAAUCUCUUCGGACGAAGGCGAUGGUAGCGACGGCAGUGAUAAUGGCGACGGAACGCCUCCAGUACCAUCUCAGCAAGUUUCCUCUCGGUUACAUUUUAUGGAACACACCAAUGUUGAGAGGCCACGGCAGCCUUCACACUCGUCCAAGAUGCCCAUUGUACCACCUCCCAGGCCACAAUCUUCAGCCCCAGUCUACCAACAUUCUUUGAACGCGGUACCUGUACACCAACGGAUCCCGUCAAAUUCUGGACCUCUUCCACCUGGUGCAUUCCCACACAGGCAGUUCCCAAAUCCUGGGUCGAGGGGAAAUCCGAUUCCCAUACCCUCGAAUAAUUGGGCUCCCCCGGGGUCAUCACGGAGACCUUACCAGCACCCGCCUGGAUAUGACUAUGCCCAAAGAAACAAUUCCCCAUUCGACACUAGUGGAUAUAUGAACAAUGCUGAAACGGAGAAAGCCCUUCGCGAUCUUAUGGGUGGCGCCAUGAACGACGAGGAGGUGGAAGUUGAUAUGGAAGACUCCAUCGUUGAUGGAUUCAAAGAGGGCAUCACUCUGCUUCCGCACCAGGUCCUGGCCCGGGCUUGGAUGCGAGAUCGCGAAGAUGUCAAAAAUAAGAAAUUUGGAGGUCUUCUUGCAGAUGAUAUGGGUCUCGGUAAGACGGUGCAAACCCUUGCUCGUAUUGUUGAGGGAAGACCAACCAAGAGGGAUCGUGAGGAUGGAUGGGCCGCGGGAACGCUCGUUGUUGUCCCUCUUGCAGUUCUACCCCAAUGGGUGGAGGAGGCCCAGAAGAUGACAAGUUUGAAGGUCAAAUCACAUCACGGCGGCAGUCGCACUUCAGAUCCUGGAGAACUUCGAAAGUACCAAAUCAUUGUGACCACUUAUGAUGUGGUCAAGUCCGAGUUUGCCGCCCACCGACCCCCUGCCAAGGACGAGUCAAAGCAGUCAAAGUUGAAGACAAGCAAGGAUGAUGUGGAUAGCUCUGAUGAAGCGGAGCAUUUCGGACGAACCUUGAAAUCCAAAGAGAAACCGAAACACCAGGUGAAGGUCAAAGAUGCACUGUUCCAUGUCAAAUGGUGGCGCAUUAUUCUUGAUGAAGCUCAUACCAUCAAGAACAGAUCCACCAAAGCUGCGGAAGCCUGCUUUGAACUUCAGGGCAGGUUACGCUGGUGCUUGACCGGAACUCCGAUGCAAAAUGAUGUUGCAGAGUUAUAUUCUCUGAUCAAGUUCCUGCGUAUCAAGCCAUUCUCAGAUUGGGAAACUUUCAAUGUACAGAUCGCCAAGCCGGUCAAGAAUAGCAGGGAAGCUCAGCACGCGAUAAAAAAACUCCAGGUCGUUCUGAAGUCGGUGAUGCUUCGCCGUCGCAAAGACCAGAUCAUCAACGGCUCGGUCUUGAUUGAGUUACCCCCACGGGAGCUCAGUAUCAUUUCAUGCCCAUUUUCACCUGCUGAACAGGUAUUUUAUGACGAAUUGGCCGUUAAAAUGGAUUCAACUCUUCAGAAGUUGAUGGACAGGCCGUCGAAUUACAUGAGUGUCUUGCUGUUGCUGUUACGCCUGAGACAAGCAUGCAACCAUCCGGCCCUUGUAUCCAAGGACUUCAAGAACGAUGCAGAUGCAAUCGACCCGAAACAAGCCAAAAAUACCGAGAGCCAGAGUCAGGACAGUGCUGAUGGCGAUGAUCUCGUUGCGGCCUUCGGCCAGCUUAACGUUGUACGCAAAUGUCGUGUUUGCACUAAUGAGCUUACGCCGACGAAUACGGCUGCCGGAAACUGGGAUACUCACUGUACUGAUUGCGCACGGCUCACGCAGAAGCAGCAAUCCACUGGGGACUCUGCGAAAAUUCGUAUGGUACUUUCGUUGUUGAAAGAUAUCGACAGACGGAGUGAUGGCGACGAUAAAACCAUUGUUUUCUCGCAAUUCACUAGCAUGCUUGAUUUGGUAGAGCCUUUCCUUUCGCAGAAUGGUAUUCGAUAUGCGAGAUAUGACGGGAGCAUGGUCAGUGCUGAGCGAGAGGCGGCAUUGAAUAAGAUCAAGACUGACCCAAAAGUCAAGGUCAUCUUGAUCUCAUUCAAGGCCGGGAGCACCGGUCUCAAUUUAACCUGCUGUAACAAUGUUAUACUGGUAGACUUGUGGUGGAAUCCUGCUCUAGAGGACCAAGCGUUUGAUCGCGCGCAUCGGUUCGGGCAAAAGAAGAAGGUUAGCAUCUACAAGCUAAAGAUCGAUGACACUGUGGAGGAUAGGAUUCUAGAGCUUCAGGAGAAGAAACGCGAGUUGGCGCGCGCAGCUUUGAGCGGUGACAAGCUCAAGAACAUGCGACUUGGUAUGAACGAGCUACUGGCAUUAUUUAGACAUGGGGGCAAUGAUGACGAGGAUUAGAUCAUCUUAGUGUGUAUACUCUGUGAUAUUUCUUGGAGGAUCCCUCACUUGUACGAUACCUUGACUAUGUUAUAUCAUGCUGAUACUACUGAUCUGAAAAGAUCUUAUGAAUCAA